UUGUGAUAUCCGAUAUCGUCUAUAACCUCCAUCGCCUGCUGAUACUCCCCAACCUGAUCGUAUAUAUUCAUUGCAAUUCCCGUCGCGAUGAGUGAAGAAGAAGCACCCGAUUCACGGGUCUGUAUUGGAGUUUCGUUCGGAAACUCCUACAGUUCCAUCGCCUACACCGCCGCUGAUGGCAAAACCGAAGUGAUUGCAAACGAGGACGGAGAUCGACAAAUCCCUUCGAUCUUGUCGUACGUUUCUGGCGAGGAGUUCAAUGGGAAUCAAGCCAAGGCACAGCUUGUGCGGAACCCGGAAAACACUGUCGUGUGCUUCAGGGACUUCCUCGGUCGAGAGUUCAAGGAUAUCGAUCCCACGCCGUGCCACACCUCCGCGCACCCAAUCUCGCAAGAUUCGACCAUCGCCUUCAACAUCUGCGAUGAUGAUUCGGGCAAUGCGCAUCCAGUCUCGAUAUCGACGAUAACAACCCGGCACCUUGCUCGACUCAAGGCGUCCGCCUCGGAUUAUCUCGGUCGUAACGUCACGCAUGCCGUCCUUACGGUCCCCACCAACUUCACACCGGCACAGCAAGAGGCGCUGAAAGCCUGUGCGGCGGAAGCCAAGAUUUCGAUCUUACACUUUAUCCAUGAACCGAUCUCCUCGCUCUUGGCAUAUGAUGCUCGAUCGCCCGACACAGCCUCUCCUUCGGACAAGAACGUCGUGGUGGUCGACAUUGGGGCCACUCGCAGCGACGUCACCGUUGUGGCAUCAAGAGGCGGCAUCUACACCAUCUUGGCGACUCAACAUGACUACGAUACUGCCGGCACGCAGCUCGAUAGCGUCCUGAUCGACCACUUCGCGAAGGCCUUCCUGCAGAAGCACAAGACCUCGACUGACCCCCGCACGACACCCCGGUCGCUCGCGAAGAUGAAGCUGGAGUGCGAAAACGUCAAGAAGCACCUCUCCCUCAGCACGUCCGCCACCUUCUCCGUCGAGUCCCUUGUCUCCGGCCUCGACUUUACCCUUACCAUCAACCGCUCCCGCUAUGAGCUCCUGGCCUCCAAGCACUUCCAAGCCCUCGGCCGCCUCGUCCUUGCCGGCGUCACCAAGGCCGGUCUGGAUCCCCUCGACGUCUCCGAAAUCGUUAUGGCGGGAGGCUCGUCGCACACCCCGCGUAUCGCCUCGGCCAUCGCUGCGCUGUUCCCCGAGGAGACCCGUGUCUUUUCCCCCGCCACCGACAACAACGCCGUGAAUCCCUCGGAGGCCGCGGCCCGUGGCGCCGCCAUCCAAGCGAGCUUGAUCGCUGAGUUCGAGGAGAAGGACAUCGAGGAGUCGGUCCACGCUGUGGUGACGUCGACGCCGCAUCUUGAGGCGACGGUGGGCCUGGUGGGCGCCGGCGACAGCUUCCUGCCGGUCGUCCUGAAAGACACGCCGGUGCCGGUCCGGAAGACGGUGACGGUCGCCGCGCCGAAGGACGGAGGCGAUGUCCUGGUGCGUAUCGCGGAGGGCGAGCGGGCGAUUGACGUGACCGUCGCGGAGAAGGUGGAGAAGAAGACGAACGGCGCGAAGACGGACGACGAGGAUUCCGACGAGGCCUCCGAGUCCGAUGAUGAGCCGGAGGAGAUCCGGAAGGUCGUCUGGAAGGCGACGAAGCCGGUCGCGGAGGCGGGCGUGGCGGGCGUCAAGAAGGGCGGGAAGGUCGAGGUGCAGAUCUCGGUGCAUGCGGACUUGACGGUUCAUGUGCAGAUUCGCGAGGUCGGAGGCAAGGGUGGAGUGCGAGGGACGGUGGAAGCGUCAAGUUAAAAGUUGGGUAGGAUCGAUGGGUUAAUGAGUCGCUCUUUUGCACAUUUUUUUACGACGUCGUACAGCAUAGAGGUUACAGGUCGGCAUAUGGACACCCUGGACGAGCAAUUGAAGAGUGUUUCGAGAAGUAAAUAUUGGACGAGUGGUCAUGAGUAGUUGGGGGUUAAACAUGGGAUCGAAUUGGUAUAUCGUGCUUCUUCGACCAGUGCAAUGCUUCCUAAAUCCUACAGCCGCUGAUACUCACCAUCGAAGCGAAUAUGAUAGAAC